CGCGUACUCAAAAAACACGGCGAGGGCGGAGAGAGGGCAGAGGCACUCACUUCUCCACGCUCUCUCGUCAUCAUUAACUCCUCAAGCUUGUGCAUUUCCUUGAUACCGUCACAGUCACGUACCGAUCCCAGCCCCGAAACGUUUCAAGAUGCCUGCCGGGAUUCGCCACCUCACUGUGCUCGGCGAAUUUAAACCCUUCGGCCUUAUAGCAGAAGCUCUCGACGGAAAGCCCGCCGAGAAUGUCCCCGACAAAUACGAUUACUUCCUCUUCGAUCCCGAAGUUGCCAGAAAUAAAGGCGGAGCAGACGAACACGACGCGUCCGGCGACCGAAGCGAUCACGAGCUAUUCAUUCGAGGAAAUCGGAUAAUAUGGACUACUGGUUCACGAGUUUUUAAGCGAUUCACCUUAUCCUCAUCAGUGAUCAUGGUAUGCUGGUGUCGGCUGGGUGAGAUGCCUGAAGCUCUUUUGUGUGUCUUACAAAUUAAUACGUUGACAAUAUAUAAUACAUCAGGUGAAGUAGUAUCCAUUCCGCUUCCCCAUGCCAUUGCAUCAAUAUGGCCUCUUCCAUUUGGGUUACUACUCCAGCAGGCAAAUGAAGGGAGCUUACCAACACAUAGUCCUUUUUUGUCUUCUAGCCCAUUACUAAGUGCACGUGAUAUAUCCCGCCAAAAAAGAGAAAUUGGACAGAGUCCACAAAAUAGUUUCAGUCCUUCUAAUGCAUUUGAUCAUAUACUCAAGGGAGAUGGGGCGUCAAUGGCUUCCCAUCUGAUUUUGAAGGAUCCACUGGAAGAGCCCCAGUCAACUUUUGUUGAAGAGAGGGGAAAAUUGAACAUAAUGAAAGAUUUUGAUGAAAAAACAAUUUGGACAAGCGACCGUAUUCCUCUAAUGGCAUCAUACAAUAAAGGAAAGAUGCAACACUCUGUCUGGGUUGUAGAAGUUGUUAAUUCUAACCCCGGAGUGGGAAGUGCUAGUAUAUCUGACAUUAUUCCUGUUGGAGUGUUGCCAAAGCGGUUUUCCUUUCGAAGGAUAUGGCAGGGGAAGGGUGCUCAGACUGCUGCUAGUAAGGUUUUUUUGGCAACUGAUGAUGAUUCUGCACCUGUACUUUGCUUUCUUCUCCAAGAACAAAAGAAGCUGUUGUCCGUAAGGCUUCAAAGUGUUGAAAUAAAUAAUGAGAUUCUCUUUGAUAUUAAACCUGACAUGAGCUGGAGUAUACCAGCUAUUGCGGCUGCACCUGUGGUUGUGACACGUCCAGGAGUGAAAUUGGGUCCACUGCAAUUUACAGACAUCAUUGUUUUGGCUUCAGAGAAUACCCUUAAUCUCUACUUAGGGAAGCAAUGCCUAUGUAGGUAUUCUCUUUCUUCCUGUUUAGAUAAAGGCCAAGCUUUGCAUAAUUUGGAGUCUUCAAAAAUGGCAUGCAGUUUCCGUGACUUGAAAAUUGUAGGAUUGGCUGAUGCUGUUGAAGGGCGUAUCAAUGUGAUUUUAAGCAAUGGACAGAUGUUUAGAUGUGCAUUAAGAAGAAGCCCUUCAUCUUCUUUGGCAGAUGAUUGUAUCACAGCAAUGGCUGAGGGACUAAGCUUCAAUUUUUAUAUUCACUUUCUUGUUCUACUUUGGGGAGAUGAUAGUUCUACAUAUCUGUCCAAGGGUGAUUCUAGUGUUGAUUCACAAUGGGAAUCUUUUAGCAGUACCUUGAUCCACAUGGGCAGAAAGGGUGGAGCCACUCUUAAGAAACUUCCAGUUUCGAUAAACUCAUCAUGGGAGUUCCUCAUUAACAGCAAAUUUCACAAGAACUACUGUCAUUCUACAUUUACGACUGGAAUUUCUUGUGGAAUAGCAAUUGACUUCCAAGAAGCAGAUACUUCUAGAUCACAUGCUGGCGAAAUACAGAGCACAGAAAAAUCAUUCUGCCCUGAGCUUUUGAUGGAGAGUUUAGAUUGUCUGCAUGCAGUAUAUGAAAGUCUGAAACUGGAUAAUCUUCGCAGACGGGACUUGGGUCUUCUGGUGGAUCUCUUAUGUAUUAUUGCUGAUUUUCUGGGCCAAGAAAGCUAUUUGGAUCAUUAUAUUCGUGAUUUUCCUAAUCUUUCAAAGAAAUAUGGAAUCUGUGGUGCAUCUUUCUCCCAAAGGACUCCUCCCAGUUUGUUCAGAUGGCUUGAAAACUGUUUGCAACACGGAUGUAAUUUUUCUAAUAUUAGUGACCUCCCACCUCUAAUUCAUAAAGAUGGAAAUUCUGUUGUGAAUUGGGCCCGGAAGAUAGUCUCUUUCUACAGUAUAUUAUUUGGGGCAAAACAGACAGGGAAGAAGCUGUCAUCUGGCGUUUACUGUAAUAUUGCCACAGGAUCUUCUUGUACCUGUGAGGAGCUUGCAGUCUUGGCAAUGGUCGGGGAGAAAUUUGGGCUGCAACAGCUAGACUUACUGCCGGCUGGCAUAUCUCUUCCUCUGCGACAUGCAUUGGAUAAGUGCCGGGAAUCUCCUCCAACUGACUGGCCUGCUGCUGCAUAUUAUCUUCUUGGUCGAGAAGAUUUGGCCUUGUCAUGUUUUGCGCAUACAGGCAAAUCCAAGGAACUUGAAACACAAACCAAUGUGAAUCUAAUCUCUGUGUCUACACCGUACAUGUUACAUUUGCAUCCGGUGACUAUUCCUUCCACAGUUUCUGAUACGGUCGGGUUAGAUAAUGCCAAGUUUGAGGAUACAGAUUCUAUUGAUGGGUCUUUAACGGAUGGUAUGGAACAUAUCUUUAAUUCUAGCACACAGUUGCGUUAUGGCCGCGAUCUGCGUUUGAAUGAGGUUAGACGCCUUUUGUGCUCUGCAAAACCAGUGGCAAUUCAAACAUCUGCUAACCCAAGUGCCUCUGAUCAGGACCUCCAGCAGGCUCAGCUAUGGCAGCUUGCACAAAGGACUACUGCUCUUCCUCUCGGGCGUGGGGCAUUUACUCUGGCGACCACGUGUACUCUUUUGACAGAGGCGUUAACUGUUCCAAAGCUCGUUUUAGCAGGUCGGUUGCCUGCCCAACAAAAUGCAACCGUUAAUCUAGAUCCAAAUAUGAGGAAUAUUCAAGAACUUAAAUCUUGGCCAGAGUUUCACAAUGCUGUUGCUGCUGGUUUGAGGCUGGCACCCCUUCAGGGAAAAAUAUCAAGAACGUGGAUAACAUAUAAUAAGACUGAGGAGCCAAAUAUUACUCAUGCAGGACUUCUCCUUGCUCUCGGAUUGCAUGGACAUUUGCGUGUUUUAACUAUAACUGAUAUAUACACGUAUUUUGCACAGGAACAUGAAAGCACAUCGGUUGGAUUACUGCUUGGUUUAGCAGCUUCAUAUAGGGGCACUAUGCAGCCAGCAAUAUCAAAGUCUCUCUAUUUUCACAUUCCUGCUCGUCAUCCAUCCUCCUUUCCUGAGCUGGAGUUACCAACGCUUCUACAGUCAGCAGCGCUCUUGUCUGUCGGGCUUCUUUAUGAAGGAUCAGCACACCCACAAACCAUGCAAAUUCUUCUGGGUGAAAUAGGCCGUAGAAGUGGAGGUGAUAAUGUACUUGAAAGAGAGGGUUACGCCGUAUCUGCAGGAUUUUCGCUAGGCAUUGUUGCAUUGGGUCGGGGUGAGGAUGCACUUGGUUCUGCAGACAGUUUGGUCAAUCGAUUGCUGCAAUAUGUUGGUGGCAAAGAACUUUAUGGGGAGAAGUCCCUGCCAUUGACAUUAUCAACAGAAGAAUACAAUCGUGGUGCUGGGAAGAAUAUAGAUGGAGCCCCCAUCAAUGUUGAUGUCACUGCACCUGGAGCUACAAUUGCUCUAGCUCUAAUGUUUUUAAAGACUGAAUCAGAGGUGAUGGUAUCUCGUCUUUCAAUUCCUCAUACCCAUUUUGACUUGCAAUAUGUGAGGCCAGACUUCAUAAUGCUUCGUGUCAUUGCUCGAAAUAUGAUAAUGUGGAGCAGGGUUCAUCCAUCCAAUGAUUGGAUUCAGUCCCAGAUUCCCGAAAUUAUUAGUAAUGGUGUCAAACGCCUUGGUGAUGAAACAGAUGAUGUUGAUGAAAUGGAUGCUGAAACAUUAAUUCAGGCAUAUGUCAAUAUAAUGGCUGGAGCAUGCAUUUCCAUUGGGUUGAGAUUUGCUGGAACAAAAAAUGGAAAUGCGCAGGAGCUGUUGUAUGAUCAUGCUGUCUACUUUCUAAAUGAGAUCAAGCCUGUGUCUAUUAUGAGUCGAAAGACCUUCCCGAAGGGAUUGUCUCAAUACAUUGAUCGAGGCACAUUGGAAAUAUGCCUUCAUCUCAUUGUUCUUUCCCUUUCUGUGGUUAUGGCAGGUUCUGGACAUCUACAAACAUUUAGAUUAUUGAGAUUUCUUCGCAGUCGAAAUUGUACAGAUGGGCAUACUAAUUAUGGUACACAGAUGGCGGUGAGCUUAGCCAUUGGUUUCUUGUUUCUUGGGGGAGGAAUGCGAACCUUUUCAACUAGUAACAGUUCUAUUGCUGCUUUGCUGAUCACACUCUAUCCGCGCUUACCUACAGGACCAAGCGACAAUCGCUGUCAUCUUCAGGCAUUCAGGCAUUUGUAUGUCCUUGCAACUGAAGCUCGAUGGAUUCAGACAGUUGAUGUUGACACAGGCCUACCUGUUUAUGCCCCACUAGAAGUUACUAUUAGGGAAACCGAGCAUUAUGCUGAGACAAGUUUUUGUGAGGUUACACCUUGCAUUCUUCCAGAACGUGAUAUUUUGAAAACUGUACGUGUUUGCGGCCCUCGGUACUGGCCUCGAGUGAUAGAGCUUGUUCCUGAAGAUAAACCUUGGUGGAGUUUAGGAGACAAGAACCACCCAUUUAAUUCUGGUGUCCUAUACAUUAAGCGGAAGGUCGGGGCUUGUUCAUAUGUUGAUGAUCCCAUAGGGUGCCAGUCGCUGCUGUCACGAGCAAUGCAUAAGGUAUUUGGUUUGACUAGUCUUAAAGCUUGUACACGAAGCACCAAUGGCCACAGUGGACUAGGUUCAGGGACUGUCGAUCAGUUGGUCAGUACCUUUUCAUCAGAUCCAAGCUUAAUUGCUUUCGCACAACUCUGCUGUGAUCAUUCCUGGGACAGCAGAUCCGAUAUUGAUUUUCAGGAAUUUUGCUUGCAAGUAUUAUUUGAAUGCGUGAGGAAAGACAGACCAGCUCUCUUACAGGUUUACUUGUCACUAUACACAACAAUUGGGUCAAUGAUUGAUCAGGUUACUAGUGGUACCCUCAUUUUAGGCGACUCCCUCUUCAUCCAUGGUUUAAAGCUUGCUCUAGCCUACAAUGAAGCUCUAUUAUGUGGGAGGUUAACCACUCCAAGAGGCGGCAUUAUUCAAUCUGCCUUCAUAGGCUCUCUAGCGAAACGGGUGGUAGAGCUUCUAAAUUAUUCCCAGGGAAUAAAGGAUGAUUUCUGCAAUUACAUGAAUUCUGGAAGGUGGCCUGACAAGGGAUCCCAGGGAGAGAGAGCGUCGAUACUUCUUGCCUGGUAUCUUCAGUGGUUUGCUGUUCCAUCACCAUCUGUCAUUAAGACUGCUGUGGAGCGAAUCAAACCAAAGCUCACAACAUCCUCCUCUUCCGUUCCUUUGUUGUGUUUGCUGUUGCCAAGAACUCACAUUAGUGCUAUUAGUGAGAUGGAUAAGUUCUGGUUUCCUUCUCAAAUUAGCCAUUGACGUGUGUCAUCAGUUAUGGUCUGAAGGAAUGGGCAAUUUUGUAUGCGUCUCUUGGACAACUCCCAUCUGGGCAAAUUUUCACUGCCAGUGCAGCUCGAAAUGGCAGUGACGAGGUUUUGUUUUGGAGACAAUGAGCUCAAUCAUAGUAUGCAACUCAAACUUGAUGUUUACCCUGCAGAUUGAGAAUUACUGAAGCCAACCAUAUGGGCAGUAGGCCUUUGCCUUUUGCAGCCAAGCUUUACCUGUAUCAUUUUGUAGGAGCCGCUGUGUGGUAGAAAAAUGUUUCCCUGCUAGACUAAACGGAGAGAAAAAAUCCUGUUUUUGUAUUUAUCCCUGUUGUAUAAUUAUCAUGACUUAUAACUUAUAAUUAUAAAAGAAAUUCUUACAUCUAAA